AUGCAUAGUAUCGCACUUGCGGAAGUCCCCUUCCCCCCGAGCGUUUUCUACCCAGAAUCUAUUAUACACUUUAUCUAUCUACAUAAUAUCCAAUCACUUUUUCUGCCUUGUACAGCAACCUUGAAUGAAUCAAUGGAUCCACGCAUGGAUUUCGACGAUGCUGCCUGGGAAAGAAGCGAAGACAUCGCAGACAGUUGGAUACAUAAUCUCUUCGCCGACGAAGACACCCUCCGAGCAAUCGGCCGCCUCAUAGUGAACGCUAGAUACUUCAAUAUAACCUUCCGCAUGAAGUCCCUUGACGGCGUCUCUGCAACCAUACGGUUCCCCAAGCCCGGAGUAAACAUGUUCUCCCCGAGGAGAAAGUUCGCAAAGAGUUGCAGCGAUUCGAUAUAUCCAGGACAAUACUUCGAUUCCAGUGCCAUUCAUCCUGCACUGCGACCGUCAUUACCCGAUCCGAACAUUGACGUGGAGAAGCUGGAGAUGAUGUACGGACAGUUUGCAGAUAUACUCCUGCAGCUGAACAGAAUUUCCCUACCUCAAAUUGGGUCUAUGGAGCGUCUUGAAGAAUUCUCAUACGAUGUAAACAGCAGACCCCUGUCGCUCCAUAUGAAUGAACUUGUCCGUCUGGGGACGCUACCACGGUCAGCUUUGCCAGGCAGCACCUUUAGCAUCUCUUCAUCCUAUUCUGAUAACCUUGCUGAACUCCAUAUGGAGCAUUUAAAGCAUCAGCACAAUGAUGCGGUAGAAUCCGCUACGGAUCCCCGGCGUAAAUAUGUUGCCAGGCAGUUGUUUCGCAGAUUGGCAAAGAAUCGUCUACUGACUGCAUCUAGUGUUGGCGUGGGAGCCUGA